CCAGGGAGGAGGGAGGGAGGCUGGAGCAAAGGAGCUCCCUCGCUUCGCCCCCCUCCCCUUCCAGCCUCCUUGGCCGCUUUGGCGGAGUCUUCCGGGGGGCCUGCCAGCUCGUCCCCACCAGCCGUUCCCUUCCCCCUGCCCUCUCCCGCCGUUCCUCCUGGGCAAUCCCAAAGAGCAUCUAAUGAGCAGCAUCUUUACUACUCCCUGCGUGCCUCGGGCGAUUGGAUUGAUGCGCUCUACUUUCAGACCCAAAUCAAGUGUGGACCUCUGUGUAAGUGUGAGGCCAUCAUGGCGGCAUUCAAAGGCAUCUGGACUCAGGCCUUCUGGAAAGCUGUUUCAGCAGAAUUUUUGGCAAUGCUCAUAUUUGUCCUCCUGAGCCUUGGUUCCACAAUCAACUGGGGUGGAGCUGAGAAACCUCUACCUGUAGAUAUGGUCCUUAUCUCUCUCUGCUUUGGACUUAGCAUUGCCACGAUGGUGCAGUGCAUUGGACACAUCAGUGGUGGCCACAUUAACCCUGCAGUGACUGUUGCUAUGGUCUGCACUAGGAAGAUCAGCCUUGCCAAGUCAGUCUUCUAUAUUGCAGCCCAGUGCCUGGGUGCUGUUGCAGGGGCUGGAAUUCUCUACCUUGUUACUCCCAGGAGCGUGGUAGGAUCUUUGGGAGUCACCUCGGUACAUGGAGACCUUUCAGCUGGCCAUGGACUACUGGUGGAGCUGAUAAUUACAUUCCAGCUGGUUUUUACAAUUUUUGCGAGCUGUGAUUCAAAACGAAGUGAUGUCACAGGUUCAGUGGCAUUAGCAAUUGGAUUGUCCGUUGUAAUCGGACACUUGUUUGCUAUCAACUACACGGGUGCCAGCAUGAACCCUGCUAGGUCAUUUGGACCUGCAGUUAUCAUGGGAAAAUGGGAACACCACUGGAUAUAUUGGGUAGGACCAAUCAUUGGAGCAGUCCUUGCAGCUACCCUUUAUGAAUACAUCUACUGUCCUGAUGCUGAGCUCAAGCAGCGUUUCAAAGAAGCCUUCACUAAAACAAGUCAGCAGUCCAAAGGGAAAUACAUAGAAGUAGAAGACACCAGGAGCCAGGUGGAGACAGAUGAUUUGCUCUUGAAGCCUGGAAUGGUCCAUGUCAUUGACAUUGAGAAGGGCGAAGAUAAGAAGGGAAGAGAUCCAACAAAUGAGGUGCUGUCAUCUGUAUGACUAGAAGUGAGCACUGAAAGCAGAGAACAGCCUACUGCCUUGCUUAUGGAUAGCCUUCCACCCAUAAAAGAGACAGAUCUGUUGUAAAUUAGGCCCCUACCUCAUCUUAAAAUCAUAGGGAGAUAGCAACAAUUAAUUAGUUGCUCUAUCAGACCACAACCCCAUUGUGUCGAAGUGGUAGCAGUUAACAAUGUUGAGUAAUUAUUCCAAAUUCAGAAUCGUUCUAUUGGUGAUGACAAUAGAGAGUAUUUUCCUUCUCCUUCUCUGUCCCAAGUGAAUUUUAGAAGAGGCAUACAGCUUUAUGCAGGCAAUUCCAAGAAGGAAAUAGCAAUUGUUGACAAUCAGAUUGACAGACGAGACUUAUCUGAAGAUGCCUAUAGACACAGAAAGCAGAGUGUCUAUCAGAUUGUUCUUCUGACACUUAAUUGCUUGUUGUCACUCCUGAUUAGAAUUUUAAUGACAGAGUCUAUGAAGAGCUCAGAGACAGCAAAGCCAACAUAGAGAACACAAAAAUCUUUUCAAAUCAGUGUCUUUUUUUAUACCCCAUUCUAAAAUAGCCAUUCUGUCAACUUUUUAGACCGAUGCUUCCUCUAGGGGCUUAUAUUCCCUCCAUUAAAUUCUAUAGACUGUGCCUUCACAUUGUAUAAAAAACCCCUUCUGAUCAUAACUAAUAAUAUUAAAACUGAAGGGUGUUGAUGCUGAUGCCGAAUCUUUAUUAUCCUUUCCUUAAAAAGUUCUCAUGAGAUUUCAGUUGUUUACAGCAGAACAUUGGUAGACCUUUGAGGGCAUAUACAAACAACAAUAAAACUUCAUAUUUCAUUCCAUCUCAAAAGAAAAAAAAUUAUGGGCACAAUCCAGCCACAGUUAAGCACUCUACAGUGCAAUUAUAAGAACAUUUUCCUGGGAGACAUGCUUAGGAUUUCAUUGCUGAAUAGCCAUAUAUUUUUACUGGGAAAUCCCUAGGCGCAAACUUUACUCUCUCACUAAAAUCGGAGGAAUUUGAAAGUGCUUCACUAUGGAUGGAAUGUAUCCAGUAUCCAAAUAUCAGAAGGGAGAUGAAGGCUGAUCUGUUUUCAGUGCACUUAUCUAGUUAAAGAAAAAUACUGUGCCAAGUUUAUAUAACUGAGAUGUUAAACUUACUUAUCCAAUGUGUUCACCAUGUGAUUUGUUUAUCAAUAGCAAACAGGCAUUUAUUCAUUGUUUAAAAUACUGGCUGUGAAAUACUUUGGCAAUUUAUGCUUUGCUCUUGACUGCUCUUUUGUUAACAAGACUUGUUUUAGGGCUGCUUCACACAUUACAGAUUUCCUACAUGUACUACAUGUGACAAUUAUUCAGGUGCGUGUGUUCCACCAUCUGUACAUUCAGUGUACAUGUGCUGAAAAGCCACAGCUAACAAAGGCAUAUGCAGUUGUCACAACAAAAAUCUGUGAAGCAGUUGUGGAAUCUGUGAAUUUUCAAUGGCCUUAGGAUGCCACAGCAUACAAUAGCUUGCAACAUUUGUGCAACAUUGUGUUGCUGAACAGCAAGUCUGCCAUUUAUGAACUUCAAAUGCUUUUGGUCAAAAAGGAGUAAUGUUUACAAUUUCCAAACAUCAACAGAAUUGACUUCUAUUGUGGCUGAGGAAUCUGUGCAGGAAUCAUCUAUUUGGAAUAGCUGAUUAAUAGAUGUGACAAAAAUAUAGUACUCUGAAAACAUUUAAUCCAAUAAGAAAUAGUAAUGACCAGAGCGGUUCCAUCGGUGGGGAUAGUGAUUAUGUACACGCAAAGAAAUAUGCACACAGAACGCUCCUUUCAGUGGAGACAUUGUGUAUACAUUGGAGGAACCUUUGCACUUUACUGGUUCAAGGCCCAGUAUGUGUACCUCAUAACCCUGGGAAAGAAAGUUCUUCCUUUAUUUUAAAGAUAGAAAGAUGAAAUUUACAUGAUGUCUUCUACUGGACCUAUUCAAAAAUGGCAUCUCUGAAAUUUAGAAUUCACUAAGUGACUUUGUGCCGAUUCUCGUGUACUUUGCCAUUUCAAUAGUCAAAUAGACUAUUCAGCAAUAAAUAAAUAGGGGACAUAAAUACUGAGCUUUGAUCACAUGAUCUUAACAGGCCUUCUUAUUUAUGUUUUCUUCAGUACAUGGGUGACUUUAAGGUAUCCCACAAUUGAUUGCCUGGAGAAAAUGAUUUUACCUCAAAGGUUUAAUUUAUGCUCUUUCUAGAAUGUUUUGCACUGGUAUCAUAACAGUUACACUUUGGUUAAGCACUGUAGCUUAGCAGGUUUUUUUUUUUGUUGUUUGCUUUACUGUAUUUGUACCAUAUGAUUUUUACCCCUUUAAUUGUGUAUUUUGAUAAUACUCCAUCUGUGCAUGCUUAUAUUUUACAUUUUGUUGUCGUCAUGCUUAGGGGUUGUUUCAGUGAUUUAUUGAGCUGUUUUACAAAGAGCUGAACACGCUACUCUUGUGUGUGAGGGGAUCCCUGCCACUUUAUCUGCAGCAAGCAUGAGAUGCAGAGUAGCUUCACCUUUUAUAGCACCAGUUUCUGUUGGUAAAAAGUCUGUGUUGACCCUGUGAUGCUUCUAAUGUCCUCAUAAGCAGAGACAGGUUCCAAUUAAGAACCUUGUAUAUUAUACUAUAAGCUGUAUAAACAACAGGCUUUGGAUAGCACAAGACCAGCACAGAGUCUGGACAGUGAUUCUGAAAGCAGAGAAAUUGCCACUGGCACUAAGUUUGUAAAUUUAUGGGAAUUUUCACUGGCCAAAGCUGAAUUGCACCUUGCUAUUGGCUGCAUUUACAUAUCACAAACGCCUAUGUUGGUGCCGGGAAAUGUCAAGCAUUCAGAUUUUUUUUCCCUGAAUGCAUUGGCUGUCGUUGUUUACUGAUAGUUCAUUUAGUUUAAUGCUGAAACUGAUAUACUCUAAACUUACUUUGAUAGCAUAUGCAACCAGUUUAAGUGUGACCUCUUAAUCCCAUCCUCAUUGAAAACAGAGAUAAAGAGUCAACUGAGCUGGCUCUCUCACAUCAGUCUACAUGGGUAAUGUGUUCAAACUGCUUUCACAAAUAAUUUUCUUCUCAUUUGCAACUAAUUCAGAAAAAUGGAAAGAUCCACUGGCUGUGGAAAACUGUUUAGAAAAUGCAAAGGAAAAAGCACAUUAUUUUAAAAUGUAGAUGUUGGAAUGACAACAAUUUUCAUUGAGUGGCAAAGCAGACAGAGUAGUCCAGUGCUGAACUGGUAGAUGUAGCAGCAUGAGCACCACUUUUUACACGUUUCUUGUUCUUUUAAAAUGUAUAGUAGCUCCCUACAAAAAUGUUUGCCCAUGUGUAUCCAUUUAAAUUGGCAUGAGAAGUACACAAGGCAGUAGUUUUACUAGAAUAUCCACUGUAAAGAUGCAUGCCAUCAUCUCUGCCUUGCUUAAAGAUAGUCCAUCUUGUUGGAAAUGUGUUGAGUGGGUAGGCAUAGUUUUCCAUUUCUUAAAGGUACGUCAGAAGCCCCAUAGAAAGGCAAAAGAAGCCACCAAGUGAAAAUGCAAAGCUGCCAUAAAUAAAAUUAGAUGUUACAAGCAGACAAUUAUCAGGUCUUGGAUGCAAAAUCAGAAUCACAUUUACAGCAGAUUCUCUAAAGAUACAUAAAUGAUAAUCUACUACUUGUGGGAGCUGUGACAUGGUAUUAAUUGGAAAAGUACUGAAGUCUCACAGUCUUUUUUCAAAAAUACUAUCACUGUCAAUCAGCACAUUAUUAGAACUAACUUGAUAAUAAUAUCAAUUAUAAUUUGUAACAUUUUGAAUAAUCUACUGAAAAUAGCUAUGCUGUCAUCAAUAUUGGAUAGUUUCAUUUUCCUUCUAGUAUGCUGUACCCCCCUAUUAUCUGUUGUAAAUAAACUACUGUCUGUUUUGAUUGA